CCUAGGUCUAAACUGAAGAACAUUUUCGUACGUUUUUUUUUUCUUUUCUUAAAAAAUAAAUUAAAGGUCUGAACUUUCUCCUCUGUUUUCUCUCUUUUUAUCUCUGUGCUCUAUUUCCUCUCUCUGUCUUACCUUGAGAGAGUACAAAAUUUGGGCACACCGAUUGUUCUUCUCCUCAUGUGAUCUACUCCGUUGUGCCAACUAAGGUGUAAUCACUUGGUUAUCUAUCUCCCUUGAUUUGAGGUCCGAGGUCCAGCAUAAAUUGAAUGUGAUUGUACGGAACUUACUAAAGGAAUCAUCUCCUUCCAUUCUUAGUUGAGCUUCAUUUCAUCCCUCCAUUGACUCUUUUUCCUCAAUCUGAAAACAAAAAGGCUGGCAACAUGUUUUAUACCUUUUUCCUUUCUCACAUCGUAUUUAGCCGAGAAUUUUGAUUCAUAAAAUCAGUAGCUUGUGUAUGUAUGUCUUAGUAUGAUUUCUCUUCGUAGAUUCAGUUUAUCGAACUCGAAACUUGUUAAUAGGCCCAAUUGUGUAAACCCAUUUGGCCAAUAUCUGUAUUACUUUAAAAGAGUUUUUUUAUUGUCAUGUAACUCGAAUUUGGUUAAUGGAAAUGAGCUGCGAUACUUUUCUUUCAUGGCACUGAAGGGCCACAAGCCAUGUUCCAGAAUUGCUUCAAAAGGAUUACAACGUGGAUUUGAACAGUUUCCCUUGUGUUCUUUUUACUCAACUAAGCCUAUAUGUAGGUCUUAUAGGAGGAGAGUUAGUAAGAGAUUGAAAGCUAGUAGUAAGCCUAUUCUCGAUGAAGCUCAGUUUCAAAGGGCGUUGUCUCAACUUCUUCCUAGAUUUACAGCUGAAGAAUUGGGCAAUGUUAUGGCUCAGCAAGAUGAUCCUCUUGUGUGCUUGGAGUUGUUCAAUUGGGCCUCGCAGCAACCGAGGUUCAAGCAUGAUGCUUCCACUUAUCACAUUGCCAUAAAGAAGCUUGGUGCGGCUGAAAUGUAUGAGGAAAUGGAUGAUGUUGUCAAUCUAGUGCUUGCUAUCUCUCAUAUGGGUACUGAGGCUCUUUUCAAUACCAUUAUAUAUUUUUUCACAGAAGCUAGGAAGUUGACUAGAGCUAUCAAUAUAUAUAAGCACAUGAAGAACAACAGGAACUUGGGUUGUAGGCCUUCAAUUAGAACUUAUAAUACUCUUUUUGCGGCAUUUUUGAGUAGGGGAAACAAUUCUUACAUUAACCAUGUGUAUAUGGACACCAUUAGAGGCCUGUUUAGGCAAAUGGUGACUGAUGGAAUCGAACCUGAUAUUUUCUCUUUGAAUUCCAUGGUUAAGGGUUAUGUCCUUUCUCUUCAUGUUAACGAUGCACUUAGAAUAUUUCACCAGAUGGGCGUAGUCUAUAACUGCAUUCCAAACUCGUUUACCUAUGAUUAUCUGAUCCACGGAUUAUGUGCUCAAGGCAGGACGAACAAUGCUACAGAGUUAUGCAAUGAAAUGAAGAGUAAAGGCUUUAUUCCUAGUGGUAAAUCUUACAACUCACUUGUGAAUGCUUUGGCUCUUAGCAGAGAUGUUGAAGAGGCGAUUAAGUAUCUGUGGGAGAUGAUUGAACAGCAGAGGUCGGCUGAUAUUAUAACAUAUAGAACAGUGCUGGAUGAGGUAUGCAGAAGUGGCAGGAUCGAAGAUGCAAUGAAGCUGUUGAAGCAGUUCCAAGAGAAAGACCUUGUGGAUGGACAUUUGUAUAGGAGGCUUCUACAUGUGCUUGAAGAUGACUAUGGACAUUCAGCUGACAAUAAUUAAUUCAGUUAGGUCAAUGCAGUAGUUUUAUUCUUUCUGUAAAGGUGAAGUCCUUGUAUGUAUCUCAGAUUCAAGGUGCUAGGCUCAGCCAAACUCCAUCGUUAUGGCACAUGGUAUUGUCCUCUGUUCUGGCUCACUUUGUGGAUAGCAUCGGAGAGUAACUUCGAACGAGUAUGGUUCUAAACUUGCUUUAUCAAAUACCUCACUGUCGGAGCUGAAACAAACAAAUUAUUUAUGUUGAAUUCUUUAAACUUCUCAAAUGUGUAUGUUUUGUGCCCAUUGUAAAUCUAUAGAAGAAACACCGAGCACGACACUAAUUCAGAGAAUCCUAUCGACGACGACUAAACAAUAAUUUCACUACACACAGUUCAACACUUUCGAACAACACCGAGAUUACAUUUCCUCAAAAAACCUAAUGCAUUUUAGGUGCACUAUGGUGGCUAAUUUAAUUUCGAGGAACAUGGUGUUUACUCUUUCAUCUUCGUCAUAAAUUCCAGUAAUUUCUAUCUUCAAAUUCUUGUUGCGUUCUUAUUAUCUCCAAAAUGUAAUUGAAAAGAAUACCUAAUGUCGUAUUCGAUCAUUAAGCAUGCUGUUACAUUUUUAUA